AUGGCCCUCCGCCUUUGCACCAGCGCCACUCGAUUGCGCCUCUAUCCCACGUUGGGCAGAGUUACAAGCAUCAACUCCUCGAGCUUCAAAGGAAGAAGAUAUGCAUCCACUACCCCCUCGCACGCAACGACUCCCUCGCACGCAACGACCCCCUCGUACCCAAGCCCAGCGCAAAAGAAACGCCUAGUAGUGCUCGGAACAGGCUGGGGCGGAUAUGCAUUCCUCAAAUCCCUCUCGUACAAUACUCUUGUUCGAUUCGACGUUAAAGUGAUUUCCCCCACUACUUGUUUCUCUUUUACCCCCUUAUUGGCACAGGCUAGUUGUGCAACGUUGGAUUUCAGAAGUGCUAUCGAGCCAAUUCAUAGUAAUCGGAAUAUGGAAGUCCAUCAUGCUUGGUGCGACGCCAUCGACCUUUCCUCGGGCAAGAUCGAGUUGACGCCUGCUUCUAAUCCACAAUUCCGCCCACCUAACCCGCUGACUCCUGCGGUGCGGCAAGCGAGUGGAGAGAGCGCAAGCAAAACCAAGCAACAAGACCCAGCGAAAAAGCGAGAAAGAGCAACGUACACAAUGCCAUACGACCACCUGGUGAUAUGCGUUGGUUCCUACAACGCCACCUUCGGAACCCGCGGCGUCAAGGAGAAUGCUUUGUUCCUCAAGGAUGUAAACGACGCAAGAGCCAUCCGAUGGCGUAUUCUGGAUUGCUUCGAACUCGCAAAUGCCCGUCUAAACCUUUUGACCUCCUCUUCCUCAGGCUGCCCCAACGCCUCACCAACUCCGUCUGAAGCGAGCGAGAUGCGCGAUCUCCUAUCAUUCAUCGUCGUAGGUGGAGGCCCCACAGGCAGCGAAUUCGCAGCUGAACUACAUGAUCUUAUCAAACAAGACCUCUCCCGGUUGUACCCUCGCCUUGGUCCGUAUGCCUCCAUAAAGCUGCUCGAUGCUGGAAGUACGAUUCUUUCCAGUUUCGACUCGAGUCUAUCCGAGUUCGCAAUGAGAAAGUUUGCCAGGGAUGGGAUUGAGGUUGUCUUGAAUGCUAAGAUUUCUAGGGUGGAGAGAGAUGCCGUCUAUUUGCAUGGUGGCGAGAGGAUUGCAGCAGGCAUGGUUGUUUGGUCGACCGGAAUCACCACCUCUCCGCUUAUCGAGGCACUUGAAGGCGUUGGCAAGGAAGAGAGGAGUGGCAAGAUUCUCACUUCUCCCACGCUCAACAUCCUGGCUCAUCGGCAAGCUGUAGAAAAGGGUGCUGUGGGAGGCAGCGUUCUCAACCAUAAGCCCAACUGCAAACCAGAAUCCCAAGCGGAGAAAGAAGAACUGGUGCCACUACCCAACGUCUUCGCACUCGGCGAUUGCUCCUCAAUCCUUGACACUCCUCUCCCAGCAACAGCCCAAGUUGCAUCCCAGAAAGGAAACUAUCUCGCCAACCUAUUCAACAAGCACAUGGUCACCUCCCAACCCCAACCUCUUGCCAGUAUCAACGGCUUUGGCGGCCUCAAGAAUGGCUCGAGUGCAACUCUGGCGCAGGCUAACCCAUUCAAGUUUCUCGAUAAAGGCUCGAUGGCUUCGAUUGGCAGCAAACAGGCUCUACUCGACACUCCGGUUAAGAAGGAAUCUGGAAGAUUAGCUUGGGUCUUGUGGAGAUCGGCAUAUACACUCAUGAGUAUGAGUUGGAGAAACUGUUUUCUUGUUCCUGCCAACUGGGCUUCUAAUCUACUCUUCGGUCGCGAUGUUGGUCGCUUUUGA